AUGGCGAAAACAAAGGUUGUCGUCACUCGCCAACUCAUUGACGAAGCUCAAAAACUGCUGGAUGCUAAGAAGGAAGAGUUGGAGAUUAUCCAAUGGCAGUCUGAAAAGCCAUGCGAUCGAUCGUGGCUUCUCGAAAAUGCAAAGGGUGCAAGUGGUAUUCUAGUCAUGCUCACGGACAAAGUCGACGAAGAGCUUCUACAAGCAGCAGGAUCUCAACUCAAGACAAUUGCUUCCUUUUCCGUCGGCACAGACCAUGUGGACCGCGAGGCGCUCAAGAAACGCAGUAUCCGUCUCGGUUACACGCCCACAUGUCUCACAGACGCCGUAGCAGAUCUCACCGUCAUGCUCAUCCUGAUGGCGCAGAGAAGAGGCGGAGAGUGCAUUGCAAAAGUGACAAGAGGGGAAUGGCCACAGAUGCCAUGGCACCCGCUGCUCAUGACCGGGCCCCAGAUCCGCGGGUCCACGAUUGGUUUCCUGGGCUUCGGGAGAAUCGCACAGGCUUCGCUGCAGAGACUGUUGCCGUUCGGUAUUAAGCGCGUCAUUUACCUUACGUCUAAACCCGGCCAGCCCGUCAAGGACGACCACUUCAAUCUCCUCAAAAACCCAGCCAUCACCAUCGAACCAGCCAUCAGCGCCGAACAACUCGCCCAAGAAAGCGACGUCGUCAUCGUCGGAUGUGCGCUUACCCCCGAAACCAAACAUCUCAUCAGCACGGAUUUCUUUGCUCAAAUGAAGAAAUUGGCUGUCAUUGUUAAUAUUGCGAGAGGGCCUAUCAUCGACACUGAUGCACUGGUGAAGGCGCUAGACCAAGGAGCUAUCUUCGGUGCUGGCUUGGAUGUUAUUGAAAAUGAACCGAAUAUUACGGCAGAUCACCCGAUUUUAAAGCAGCCAAGGGCGGUGCUGGUGCCACAUAUUGGGAGUGCGACGAUUGAGACCAGGGAGCAGAUGGCGACGGAGAGUGUGAAGAACUUAUUGGCGGGGCUAGAGGGGGGUAGGAUGAUUAAUGAGUUGGAACUUUGA